AUGCUGGCGUUCAUCACCCACGUGGUGCGGCAGAGCCUGAUCCACACUGUUGCUCAACUUCCGUGCAUUUUUGGCCUUUCAUAUGUCGGAACUCUCUUGCAGACUUUGGCGUGGUCUGGGCCACUUCAGGCCCUACAGGGCGACCUCGCCUUCUUGGACAAGACGCUCAGCAGUACGGUACGAACGUCCAUCAGGACCGCAACAAAGAUCGAAGACCUGGCCCGGCACAUCUGGCAGCUCCAUCUGGACGGCCGCCUGCCGAACGACAAGUUCGAGGUCGUGCCCCGCCACAAGCCGCCCCCGGCCGGCGACGAGAACCUGAUCCUCACCUUCCGCCUCGGAGGGCCGGACGAGGACGUGUGCCGCGAGAUGGGGCGGAAGACGACGGGGUGCUUCCUGAGGACGCCUAAAAUUCAUCAUCAGCGCCGGCGCACCGCAAGUUUCGAUCACGGAGGAGUGUAG